CCGGCUCUGAAAUGUCAGGACGAAAACGGGAAAGCGGCGCGGUGCACAGCAGCAGAAGCGAAGCUAGCUACGUUCACAGCUCCCUUUGAGGUGGCCGGACAAACAGACAACAAGUUGCCCCUCGGGACGGAACAUCUCGGGUACCCCGACGAGGGCGUCG